AUGACUUCUCAAUUCUAUGUCCCGGUUUCGUUGAACCACACUGCUCUUCUUCUCUCAGACGUACAGACCCAAAUUCUUGGUCGCUUUUCUCCAACUGAUCAAGCCGCCUACCUUGAGAAUGUCCAAAAGAUUCUCACCUUUUUCCGAUCAGAGAUUAAAUCUCGAAGGACCCAGCCAAACUCGGGCCUCUACGAUGGUGUCCCAAUGAUCAUUCACCAUACCUUGCCCUUCAAUAUCAACUCAAAUGCAUUCGUAUCGCCAUACAACAAGCUAGCAAAGUGGGUUGCGAAACUUGAAGCCAGUGGUGCAUUCGCCAAUGCCCCUUCGGAUCCGAAUCAUCCGCACUACGCUGUUCCUGAAGCCCUCGUUCCUGAAGAAGGCUGGGGUGGCAAGGAUGAAAUUGUCUUGGGAAAGCUGCAGCCCAAUUGUUUCGGUUCAUCUGAUCUGAUUGCAUAUCUGCGAGCUCGUGGCAUCAAACAUAUUGUCUUGGUUGGACUUACGACCAUGGGGAGCAUCUUGGGAAGCGCAAGAGCUGGCGCAGACCUCGACUAUCACAUUAUUUGUGUGGAAGAAGGAAUCAUUGAUGAUGAACCCGAAGUUCAUGAAUUUCUCAUGAAGAGAGUUCUGCCAAAGUUUGUGGAUGUUGUCAAGGUGGAGGAUGUGUUGGCUCUUGGUGAAGCCUAG